CUUUCACCGGCCCGAGAUGCGACCAUGGACUGCAGGAUCAAGGAAAAUCCAGAGAGUACCUUUGAUUUGGUGCUACAGGUAAAAUGCCAGGCUUCUGAAAAUGAAGAUCCUGUGGUUUUGUGGAAGUUCCCGGAGGACUUUGGAGACCAGGAAGUACUCCAGAGCAUACCUAAAUUCUGCUUUCCUUUUGACAUUGCAAGGGUGACCCAGGUGGGACAGCACUUUACCUUUGUGCUUACUGACAUUGAAAGCAAACAAAGAUUUGGAUUUUGCCGGUUAACUUCAGGAGGCAAAGUAUGCCUUUGCAUUUUAAGCUACUUACCAUGGUUUGAGGUGUACUACAAACUUUUAAAUACACUGGCAGAUUAUUUGGCUAAAGAACAGGAAGAGGACUUGAAUGACUUAUUAGAAAACUGGUAUAGCCAUCCUGUACCUGAGGCGAACACUCCUAUCAGCUUAAAUUUGAACAACGAAAUGUUUUUUGCAAGCGAGCAAGUUUUGAAAAACCAACCAUGUUUAAUAGCGCAUUCAUAUUUCAUUACUCCUGAUAUAACUGGAUUGCCAACAGUACCCGAAAGUAGAAAUCUUACUGAAUAUUUUGUUGCUGUGGAUGUGAACAACAUGCUGCAACUUUAUGCCAGCAUGUUGCAUGAGAGACGCAUCAUUAUUACCUCCAGCAAACUAAGCACUUUAACUGCUUGUAUUCAUGGGUCAGCUGCGCUGUUAUAUCCAAUGUACUGGCAACAUAUAUACAUCCCUGUGCUCCCUCCACAUCUGCUGGACUACUGCUGUGCACCAAUGCCAUACUUGAUUGGAGUUCACUUCAGUUUAAUGGAGAGAGUGAAAAGUAAAUCACUGGAGGAUGUGGUGAUGCUAAAUGUUGACACGAACACUUUGGAAACUCCUUUUAAUGACCUGAGCAACCUACCAAGUGAAGUGGUCUCGGCCUUGAAAAAUAAACUGAAGAAGCAGUCCACAGCUACUGGUGAUGGAGUAGCCAGGGCCUUCCUUAGAGCGCAGGCGGCAUUGUUUGGAUCCUAUAGAGAUGCACUAAGAUACAAACCUGGAGAGCCCAUCAGUUUCUGUGAAGAAAGUUUUAUCAAGCAUCGUUCCAGCGCUACUAAACAGUUUCUGGAAACUGCAGCGAACCUUCAACUUUUUAAACAGUUUGUUGAAGGUCGGCUUGCAAAGCUAAAUGCAGGAAAAGGGUUCUCCGACGUGUUUGAAGACGAAAUCUCUGCCGGUGGCUUCAGUGGAGGAAAUUCAAGAUCAUAUCACCAGUGGGUGUAUACUGUAAAGAAAGGAGGAGCGUUGAUCAACACAGCGAUGAACAAAGCCAGCCCAGCUAUGAAAACAGCAUACCGAUAUGCAAAAAACCAUGCAAAACAGGGAAUAAAAGAGGUGAAGAGUAAGUUGAAACACAAGGAAACAGAAGAUGAGUAUGGAACUUGUAGCUUGGGUGUUGUGCAAUACACUCCAAUCUACACAUCGCACAAUGCACAGAAAUUGAACACAGAAAAAAGACGGGUUGCACAGACACGAUUUGGGAAUCUUCAUACCAGUACACGGAAUCAUGAUUCAGCCUUGGAUGAGGACGCCGAUGACGAAAUGGACAGAGGAAGCAAAUUGUCAUCUGAAGACAGUGAAGAAACAUCGUGCUAUUUGUAUGACAGCGAUGACUCCGGGGAAAUGGCCAAACCGUCUGUUCCCUCAGGAGAAAUGGACUUGCUAGGAGAGAUUUUGGAUAGUUUGAGUACACACAGUUCUGAUCAAGGGAAGCUCUCCGGAGCCAAGAGCCUAGACUUCUUUCGAUCAAUGGAUGAUAUUGAUUACAAGACAAAGAAUAAAUCCAAUACGCCAAGUGAGAGCAAUCUUGCUCUGCUUUGCAGCGGUCAGACUUCUGACCCAGCCAACUGGAAUCUUGGGCAAGAUGACAGCAUUCUCCGUGGGAAGCAGCUCCCUCCAUCACCAAGGAAACAUGGUCCUUCUGGCGGCCACAGAGAAUCUCUCUUUGUGUUAAAUAAAGAACGUCCCACCCAUACCUCUAGUGCUGACAAUGUGGGGUUCCUUAAAACUCACACACGAUCUCUAAACUCAUCUCAACAAACUAUGCAGUUGUGUUCUCCAGGAGCUUUUGAAGUAAAGAAGACUAAGUGGAACGAAACACUAAGCAGUACCUCAGAAGAUGAGACAUCCUUACGCCUGAGCCAAAAUCCAUCCUCUCUAGUUCCUUGGGAAAGAGAAACUAGAAAAGGAAAUGAACUCCUAGAAGAGGGUGGGCUUCUUCAUGAAGUGGUAUCAUUGUGUAAAAUGACUUCUGCUUUCAACCAUGGUUUAAACAUUUCAGGGGACAGGUUUUCCAGUAGCAGUGGGAAUAAGGCAUAAGAAUUUUUUGAGGAGAGAAGUUGCACUCCUGACAAAGACUAAAGGAAGACAACUCAGGAUUCCAUAUCACAAAGCAAACCAAAAGAUCACAAAGGAAAUGACAAAUCUUUAGUUUAGUUGUGGUUUGCCUCGUAUGUGCAUUUUCCCCCUUUUAUUUUUUGAACAUAUCUCUUCUUGAAUUACAUUGCUGCAUUUAAAUUCACAAUAUGGGCCUGGAUUGAGGAUGGGGCCAUAGCUCAGUGUUUAGAGCACAUGCUUUACAUGUAGAAGGUCCCAGUUUCAAUCCUAGGAAUCUCCAGGUAGAUCUGGGAAAGAUCCCUGUCUGAAACUUGGAGAGCUGCUGCCUGUCAGUGUAGACAUUACUGAAUUAGAUACCCUGGCUUGGUAUAAGAGAGCUUGCUCUUUUCAGCUAAUGCAUUCUAGAAUCAAGGUACUAGUUUAACUCCAUGUUUAAGCUACAGCUGGUAUGUGGCACUUGCUAGUUUUUACUGUUUCCCUUCCCCCUGUGCAUAAAGAAUCAUAUCUUCACAGGUAGGCAUUGCCUUUUAUGUUGUUGCUGAGCACAAAAUGAAUAAGUACAGUAUGUUUCCCCCCCUGAAACCUAUAAAUACUGUUAAUCCAUGAUUUAAUUGCCUUAAAGUUAUAGGAACAGAUUUCAAUAUCCUAAAGGAUGAAUUUCUACUAUUUGGAAAAGAGACACCAUUAUUUCAUAGCAGUGAAGUGCUUGAAAAAAGGGAAAUGUGGACCAUUUCCAAACUACAGGAACUCCUAUGACUCCUGGCGGUUACUCACAAAACCAUAUUUUAUAUAGUGAAUUCAGUUGUCCCAUGGGAGCCUGGUCAGAUGGGAAUCUCCACCCUAUGUUGUUAUCCAUGGGGAUAACUGUUUUCAUAUAGCCAAGCAAUAUCCACCAGUGAGAGGAAAGCUCUCAUGGUGAAUUUAUUAUCACAUGAAUUGUCAAGGAUUUGUCUGAAUUUAUCCUGAAAUAACUUUUCUUUUUAACAAAGCAGGCAACCUGGCCACAUCUUCCAGACCCUGAAAAAUGGUACUGUUUUUUAAAAAAAACCCUUUUGAAGUGCUAAAAUACAGUGUGAAGUUUACAACUUUUUAAAGAUCUCAUUUGCUGUCAACAUUUCCUAUCUUCAGUUUUCUUGAAGGAAAAAGUUUUGAACUGAACAAAUUGAUUUUUAUUGGGAUGGAAUCUCCAUGCUUUAAUAUUUCUGUAUUAAAACUGAUCUGCUCUACUGGGUUCAUGCCUAUUUAACCU